CGUAGACAAGCACAGAUUAGUGGUGGUGAUGUUUUUAAGGAUCGGGGUUAUUCUGUGUGGGCUACUGCAUUGAUUCAAAGAAACAUCUGCUUACUGACUUAUACUUCAGAUGAUGUGAAUUGAAGAUGAGGCUCGCCACGCUCAAUCUUGUGUUUCUAACCAUUGUGAUAACGCAUGCGCAUACCACAUUCUUCCGAAGGCCGAUGCUCCUAUCCCCUUUCAUAGCACGAUUACAGCCACAGGUACGACCAUCGGUACCAGUUGUCAUGCCAGUAGCAAGAAAAGUAUGUUCGGUUCAGAGAGUCCCUAUCUUCAUACCAGUUCCUUUUAAUGUACCUUCCAUGCCAAUGCGAAGACCUUCAAUGGCAAUGAAUAAAUACAUAGCGUCAAUGCCGAAAGCGCGGCGGACUUCCAUUCCACAAAUUGUUACAACUAACAACGAUGAUGAUGAUGAUGAUGAAUCUAAUGUGAGGUUACCUGUCACAGUAAAGAUAAUGAAACCUAGCACGCCUUCCACGCCUACAAUGGCUAGAAUCCGUCAGAUGGAUGAUGAUAGCAACGAAGACGACGAUGAAGAUGACGACGACGACGAUGCUGAUGCUGAUGCCGAUGAUGAUACUGAUGCUGCUGAUGAUGAUGCUGCUGAUGAAGAUGAUGAUAAUGAUAAUGAUAACGAUGACGGUGAACGUAGCGCAAUUUCUAACACGAAUCACGAUGUUACAGACAACGAGGAUGACAACGAUGAUGAUAUGGAUGAUGAAAACGGACAAAUUUAUAUUUUUAAAACGCGUCCCAAAAUACCAUUACAAAACGUUGGUAUACUCGCCAGCCCUAAUAUGCCUGGUGUUGUAUUUGGAACUAGUGGACAGGGGGCAACAACUUCAGGUCACCAGGAAAUCGACACAGACAGUGAAUCUGUAAUGAAUUCGUUUCCCGACGAUGAUAAUAUGUUGAUCAACGUCCUCAGGACGCCAUUUUCAUUACCAGUAAACAGUAAUCCAACAUUUGGACAAGUAUAUAAUCCAGAUCUUUACAAUCCUAAUUUACUAAAUCGUGAUAAUGGAGAUGGACGUGCUACAAAUACCAUUAAUACUGUCGGAAUUUCUCAACCUUUCCCAUUUCAUGGCAACAAUCCAACACUCGGACAAGUAUAUAAUCCAGAUAUUUACAACCCUAAUUUAUUAAAUCGUGAGAAUGGAGAACGUGCUACAAAUAACAUUAAUACUAUCGGAGCUUCUCAGCCUUUCCCAUAUCGUGGCAACAGCUUCAAUGAAUACGAACCACAAGGAGAAUCUGUGUAUGGACCCAAUAUUGGUGAUAUCGGUGGUGAAUCCAAUAUUUUUAACUAUGGAGGAAUGGAUUUUGAGUUUGGCCAGCGUAAUCCAGACAGCGCCUCUAUAAACCCUCAAACAGCUGUGUCGGGUAACGUCCCCGAUAAGAUAACUCCUCUGCGUCUUCCACCAUGGAAUCCUGCGAUGGGUAUGACAAACAUACGACCUUCUGUCUUUUCGGGAAUGAAUGCGCCUGAAAGUAAAGGAUUUGAUACAGCUUCGUCGUUUAGAAACACGGUUGCAGCACCUGCGAUGGGUGUGACAAACAUACUACCUUCUGUCUUUUCGGGAAUGAAUGCGCCUGAAAGUAAAGGAUUUGAUACAGCUUCGUCGUUUAGAAACACGGUUGCAGCACCUGCGAUGGGUGUGACAAACAUACUACCUUCUGUCUUUUCGGGAAUGAAUGCGCCUGAAAGUAAAGGAUUUGAUACAGCUUCGUCGUUUAGAAACACAGUUGCAGCACCAGUGUCAAAUGACAAUGUUCCCAUGAUGAAUAUCCUACCAUCGAGCUUACCAAAACACGUUGAACAUGUUCCGGAUUUUUCACCAGACGUAUAUAAUAAAAUUAAUAUACUCCCGACAAGUCCUAGAGAUACAUCAACUAGAAACGGUUCGUCAACUUUCCGUGGGACUAACGUGACGGCUCAAAGCAAUACCUCAAUUAUUCAGUCUGGAACUUCCGUCGACCACCCACCCACUACGGUUGAACCAAACGUAGGAGAGACAAACGCCGUGCCAUCCAUUUCUCCAAACACGGAUCCCAAUAGCAUAGCAACCUUCAACACGGAAAUUGAUAAUUUGCUUGACAAACAAAUGAGUUUAUCAGAUAUUUUAAUUGAAACCAAUAAGGAAAUGGUAGAAGGAUUAACGGAAUCAGGGGUUUAAUUGGUACACUGAACUUACCAAAGACUAUCACAGAAUGGUCCAAUCCUUCAAUAUUUUCGAUGGGAUGUGUUCUGCGAGAUAUUUUAAAGCAUUUCGUUCAUCUUUGUUUUAUAAAUAUCCACGAUUUAAAAACCUCCAACUUUGGGACACGUUCAGGUCCUAAGGUUAACCCUAACCCAGCCCUGAGGUUAACCCUAAAGCAGCCCUAAGGUUAACACUAACCUUAUCCCUUAGUAUAUUUAUAUAAAUGUGUUAUUAGUGUAUUGUUAUGGGACCUGA